GUUGUACUUAAAUCUUUCAAGAAUAAGGUCUGAACAUCUCAAACUAAAUAAAUAUCAUAAAAAACCUGAUAACUAAGAAAAAAAUAAUAAAGCAAUAAUUAUAAUAAUUAAACAAUAAAAAAACGUGUUGUGAGACAAUGGAAAUAAUGCCUAAGAAUCAUCUUCUGGAGUUGCCUGAUGGAGCCAUUGAGCAUAUAAGAAAACUCUAUAAUUUGGAUAAACCAGGCCGGAUUGAAGAAGCCAUCAAAAUUCUGGAAGACUGGAUUCAGAAACAGGAUCAUAUUGUUAAAAAGGAUUUUAGUAAAACUUAUUUGGAGAAAACAUUGAUAUCCUGCAAAGGUUCAGUAGAAAAGUCAAAGAAGCAGAUAGACAGACUGUGUACCCUAAAAACGUUGGUCCCGAAGUUUUUUAACAAAUACCAUGUUAAGACGGAGUUGCAACAUGUGCUGGACUUAGCCUCCUUCACACCACUACCAAAAGUAACAAAGGACUUCUACAGGGUUAUUAUCAUCAAAGUCAGUAGCAAGGACUUGACGGCAGAGGCUUUCAUGCAGUAUUACCAAUACAAUAUCAUUCUCACUGAAUACAUCAAGGCGCAUGACUACGUGAAUGGGUUCAUAAUAAUCAGUGAUUACAGUCAGGUCAAUAUAUUUGAUCUUAUGACCAAAAUGAAUACAGUCGAUUUACAGCAGUUUAUUACUAUCUUAAUGGAAGGAUACGGAGCAAGAUACAUAAAGGGCAUACAUUUACUCCCAGAAUCAAAAGCUAUAGAUCUUUUCGUGAAAACUAUGAAACAGUUUUUGAGCGAAAAGAUUGGCAAUAGAAUACAUGUACACCCAAAUAUGGAUGCCUUACAUAAAAUAGUACCUAAAGAGAUUUUACCUUCUGAUUUUGGUGGUGCUGAAAAAUCUAUUGAGAAGUUGAAUGAGGAAUGGAUACAAGCAUUGAGUUCAGAAGAACACGUGGAAUAUUUGAAGAUGAUGAGCAAUGCCUGUACUGAUGAAACAAGAAGACUCGCUGGGAAAUUCAAUGAAGAAUGUAUGGGAAUGCCGGGGUCUUUUAGAAAUUUAAGUGUAGACUAAUUAUAAAGAAACCUUAUUUUAGUAAAAUAUUUAGAAGUAUUGUUAAUUGUUAUUUUAUAUGAUGAUGAUGGAGAAGUUUAUAAUAAAACAGAGUUAGGUGAUCUGGCAUCGGGCGAAUUCAAAAAGGUCACUGUGACCUUGAAAUGGAAAGCGAAAUUUAAGUCACAUGCAUGGAUUUAAGUUAUUAAGAGCCUGAUGAUAAAAGUGGCAGAAAAAUGUUUCUUAGAAAACUGCAAAAAAUCUGAAAAAUAAACCCAGUGGCAACACACUACUAGUAUUCAUGCCUAAGAAACCUUUUUUUAUACUGUUGAGAACAAUGCUUUAAUUAUGAGUUCACACUGUAAUAUAAUGAAAUUAAAAAUGU